GUUAUUCACUUGAACUCAACAAAUUGGAAACAAAUGUUAGAUGGUGAAUGGCUUGUAAAGUUUCAUGCUCCUUGGUGUCCAGCUUGUCGACAGUUUUCACCAAUUUGGCAACAGCUCUCUGACGAUAGUUCAAUCAAUGCUUUUGUCGCAGAUGUUGAUGUAACAGAAAGUCCUGUACUUAGUUUCAUAUUUUUUGUCAAGCGAUUACCAACUGUCUACCAUGUAAAAAAUGGCCUAUUCAGAGUAUAUGAUGGGGCAAGAACUCUUGAUGAUCUCAGAGUUUAUGUGAAAUCUGAAAAAUAUGAAACUGAAACACCUUUACCAUGGUAUUACUCACCAGCAUCUUUUCAUAUGCAUAUUUUCAUACGUUUCAUGGAUCUUGGCAUUUUCAUUACGAAUACUCAUCAAGCAUUUUUAGAUGCUGGUUAUAGUAAUUGGAUGUCAUUUUUGAUCAUUGGUCUAUCGACUAUAUUUUCCGGACUAUUCAUUGGAAUUAUACUUGUAUUGAUUUUUGAUUGCUUUUUCCCACCGCGUCCACAAAUCCUAAGAUUUAUUAGGAAAACUAGAAAAGUGGAAGAAUCUGUGAGUUUCUCUUUUUUUUCCAUGACUUAAUUAUUCAUUUAGUUUGUUUUGCAUAAAUAAAGGCUCACUGAUAUUCAGUCAGUAAAGUGUUAGCCCUAACUGAGCCCUUAAUUCAGUUUGGAUAGCCGAGCAGAGUAUCACUAGCUCUCAUAUAAACAGUAUCGCUCAAAGCGGAGUACAUAAUUUCAUACUUGGUGAAUGGAUCACAGUGUUAUGUUUUCAUUACUGACCAACCAUAGAUUUUUUUAUUUUACGCUAGAACACAUAAUAGAUAGCAUGAUAAUCAAAGAAAAUUAUAAUAGGGAGUCAAAUAUUAAUGGUAGUUACGUAAAGUGGAUAAAUGAAUUUAACAAUUACGUAAAAGGGAAACAGCAAAGGAAAAUUGGGCAUCGAUUUUGUUGAUGACCAGUUUUAAAAAUUCCUUGCGAAGCCAUUCAUUUGGUUUGUUCAGAUGGAUAUGAGCAAAUUUCGGGUAAAGACUAAAUUAGUCGACCACCAUCUUAUUCUCAUUACACGGACAAUUUCGUCGUACGUACUAGUAAAGUGACAAAUCUAAAAGCACACAUCCGUCUACCACGUUCACCCUAGGUGAGGAAUUUAAUUAUAAUAUCACUUUUUAAGUGUCUUGUUAAUAAAGAGAUUAAGUGGAACAUCAAAAGAAGCUAUGUACAAGAAAUCAACACCAACUAGUCAGUAUAUCUAUCUUGCACCUAGUGAAAAGUCUAACAUAUCGCGACAAACGUAUUUAUUUUGAUCAAAUAAUUGGAGAUGAGUUAAAAGAUACUCACAACUUACUGUGAACAGAUAUCUAAUAAAAGUGUAUUGCUAUUUAAGAACUAGUUUUAGGAGUACCUGUUACUUUUAGGAAUUAUUAUUAUCGAAUUUUGUGUUGCUCUCCGGAUAAUGUCUGUUGAUGAAUUGCAUUGUAUAUCCGUUCACACUGAGUUGCAGGUGAUAUGAAGUUAGUUAUUUACGUAAAGUAAAUUGAAAAUCUAAAUUUUACUACCGUUUAUUGUACUUAUUCUCACAAUUUAACGUAGUAUACUGCUAAGGCAAACAUAGGGUUACCCAAUCAUUGUCAGUAGUUUUAAGUCAUACUAGUAAUCGUAACUACUAAUGCUUCUUUCUCAAUCCAAUUUUUUGCUUGACCUUUACCCUUUUCCGAUUGCUUGUCACUACUUUUAGUUCACUUAUUUGCUGUGUGCUCGGAAGUCAUGUUUAUGUUAUUGAGUUGUACUAUUUCAGACUGCCCAAAUGCCAUGUUUUCAUUACCUUUCUUUUUUCUGUGUUCGCGGUUAAUUGUUAUGUGCCCAACUGCCGUUAUAGAGUCCUCAACAAAACCGUUCGUAUUAGUAUAACUCAAUUUUUAAUUCAAAGGUAUCUUAGGCAAACCAGAAACCCCGACACUUAAUCGUUUUUUUCAAGACACGACAUAUUUUUGUAUGUGAUGAAAUCACAUUCAGAGAGUACUAUUGUAUCUUUUUUUAAAAUUUAAUAUGUUCUUCAGAUAUUUUAAACUAACUUUAUGUUUUUAGUUACAAUAUGAAACAGAAAAAUCC